AUGAAUUGCUUGCAAACAACCUUUGUCAUUCUCGGCUUCAUAUUCUUCUUCUACUCUGUGGAAGUUCUUGUGCUUUCUUAUCGUACCAUUUCCUCCGAUCCUUGUGACCCUAUAGCUCAGCAGGACCCAAGAACUCUCCUCUCGGACCAGCUAACAGUCCUAAUCAAUGGCUACUCAGAGACACGUAUCCCUCUCAUCUAAUCUAUUGUCACUGCAUGUGCAGCCUCCUCUUUGGUGUCAUCAAUUCUUGUACUUUGGGGAAACCCUUACCCAUCCCAAACCUUGGCCCAACAUGCCAACAAUCUCACACAGUUCUCAUUUGGCUUUAAUAGCAUCUUCUUAAUCUGUCAAUCAUCAAACAGUCUCAAUAACUGGUUCCUCCCCAGACCCUUAAUGAAGACCCGAGCUGUGUUGGUGUGUGAUGAUGAUGUUGAGGUUGAUCCCAAAUCCUUUGAAUUUGCAUGUCAAAUGUGGGGAUUAAACCCUGCUCGUCUCAUUGGGUUCUUUGUCAGAUCACAUGACAUAGACUUAUCGAUGAAAGAGUGGAUUUAGACUGUGCAUCCAGACAAGUACUCAAUUAUUCUCACUAAGUUUAUGAUUUUGAAAAGUGAGUAUUUGUUUCAGUACAGCUGCGCAGGAGGGCUUGUGAUGGCCAACAUGAGGAAGAUCGUGGAUAAGAUGCAUAAUUGUGAGGACAUAUUAAUGAAUUUUGUGAUUGCAGAUGAGGUCAAUGCCGGACCUAUAUUGGUCGGUGCUGAGAAGGCCAGAGAUUGGGGGGAUGCACGCAAUGAUCAUGACCAUAGGGAUGGUGAAGGACGCCGAGGAUCGACUGGGGUGGUUGCGCAGGUGGGUUCUAGUAGUAGGAAAGAGAAGCAUAGGAAGAGAAGAGGGGAGUGUAUAGGUGAGUUUCAUAAGGUUUUGGGGAGAAUUCCUCUGAGGUAUAGUUAUGGGAAGGUAGUCAAUUCUGUUGGUGAACAAGGGCUGUGUCAAAAAGGAGGGAAAUUGGUGCUUUGUGAUCAAUCAUAAUUGAUGCCCUUUUUUGAAAUCAAAAUAGAGUAGCACUUCUUCCCCAUUCUGCUCAAGAACCAAGCGAUGCCUGCUUGAUUAUAUUGAUAUUUUAACGAGUUUAAAGUAAUGUGUUCUGUAGUUACUAACAUUAUGAUGCUACCUUGCCAAUGC